CUUCUAGUUUCUGACUCGUCCGCACUUAACCAACAACCCAGUAUACGUACUCGGUUGGCCUUGUUUCUCUAUUCGUUACCUUUACCGUUUCUACCUGUUGGUUAUCUUACGGAGCCUGGAGGGGGCGAUAUACCCAUCAACGCAUACGACUUAUCGAACCGGACCCGGAGGGGCAUUGAGCAUACGAUAUCUUAGGAGACACUUAGAGUAAGUGUCCAGUCUCGAAAUACAACUAACUAGAACCCUAGGUACGAUACGAGAGAAGCCAGGUUGUGACAGCCCAGAGAUGUCCUGUCUCCUGUCUAGGCGAUACCACAUCCGCUGGAAAAACAAGCCCAGCUCCGGUCUCGAGUACGAAUCGAGUAGACAGUCGUCGGAUGGUUUUCAUAACCCGUUAUCCUCUGAUGGUGUGGGUUGGGUGGCUGCUGUUCAAGCAGGUGAAAAUUCUGCAUGUCGGCAGCCGCCCGCACCACUUUGGAUUCUUUCGGCUUCCCCUCCCCAAAAUGAGAGGGUACUGACACCGGACACCACGAGAAGGUAGAAAUCCAUCGUCCUAACUGCUUGACGAAAGCAAUUACCCAGCGUACUCGCUGGGAGUUUAUCCAACCGAUCCUUAUUCAGCUUCCAUCAGUUAGUACCUGAAGCGGGGUCUCUCGGAUCGUAGCUCAAAGGGGAAAUCGGGAGUCGAUUUAUUCCGGACUAACGAGGUCUAUAUGGAGAGGACUAGUUUAACGGAAGAGGUAUAUUGCCUAUCGAACGUAUGUGCGCAUACGC